CGGCGGCCGGCGGCCGAGGGCGUCACUCGGCGGGCGCCGCGGGCGCCGCGGCAUGGUCACCUAGCCGGGCGCCGGCCAGCCGCCAUGCCGCUGGUGCCCAACCUGGGCCCGCAGGUGGCCGCGCUGUGGGCGCGCGCCCGCGCCGCCCUGCCCGACUCGUGUCUGGCUGGUGCCGACGAGAGUCUGCACUUCGCCAAGUAUGGCCGCCGGCCGGGCGACACAGAGCUGGCCGGCCUGGGCAAAGAUGGCGGCGGCCGUCCGAACGGCUCCGCCGGCGACGAGCUCGGCGAGGGCGGCUCCUCCGGAGACAAGAUCGACGAGUGGCAGGCCGGCUGGAACGUCACCAACGCCAUCCAGGGCAUGUUCAUCGUCUCUCUGCCGUACACGGUACUCCACGGCGGCUAUUGGGCCAUUGUGGCCAUGAUAGGCGUGGCCUACAUCUGCUGCUACACCGGCAAAAUUCUGGUCGACUGCCUAUACGAGCAAACUCCCGAUGGCGAGCUGGUGCGGGUGCGGGACAGCUACGUCAGCAUCGCCAAGAUGUGCUUCGGCCCGCGGUGGGGCGCGCGCAUCGUCAACGGCGCUCAGCUGAUCGAGCUGCUGAUGACCUGCAUCCUGUACGUGGUGCUGUGCGGCGACCUGCUGGUGGGCAUGUUCCCCGAAGGCCAGAUCGACACCCGCUCCUGGAUGAUGCUCUGCGGCAUGCUGCUCAUCCCGUGCGGAUUUCUGAAGAACCUCCACCACGUGAGCACACUCAGCUUCUGGUGCACCAUGGCGCACUUGGUCAUCAACGUGCUCAUCUUCUGCUACUGUCUCUCCUGCGCCGGCGACUGGGGCUGGUCCAAGGUGAAGCUGCGCAUCGACUUCCUGCACUUCCCGAUCGGGCUGGGCAUCAUCGUGUUCUCGUACACGUCCCAAAUCUUCCUGCCGUCGCUGGAGGGAAACAUGCGCGACCCGAGCCGGUUCGAGUGCAUGCUCGACUGGUCCCACAUCGCCGCAGCCGCCUUCAAGUCGCUCUUCGGCUACAUCGGCUUCCUGACGUGGCAGGGCGCAACGCAGGAGGUCAUCACCAACAACCUACCGUCACAGAGCUUCAAGCAGCUCAUCAACUUCUUCCUGGUGGUCAAGGCGCUGCUGAGCUACCCGCUGCCGUACUACGCGGCGUGCGAGCUGCUGGAGCGCACCUUCUUCCAGGGCCGGCCGUACACGAUGUUGCCGUCCAUCUGGGCGCUGGACGGGGAGCUGCGCACCAUCGGACUCGCCUUCCGCGUCAUCGUGGUCGUGUUCACCAUCAUCAUGGCCGUCAUCAUCCCGCACUUUGCCAUCCUGAUGGGCUUCAUCGGCAGCAUCACGGGCGUCAUGCUCAGCUUCAUCUGGCCCUGCUACUUCCACCUGAAGCUCAAGUGGGAGUCGCUGUCGUGGUUCACGCGGGGGUACGACAUGUUCGUCAUCUUUCUGGGCGUGCUGUUCGGCCUGUGCGGCAUCUACACGUCAGGCCGCGCCCUGGUCGAGGCCUACCGCAUCGGACUGCCUUUCUAGAGGCACUGCGCCCUCGAGCUUCCGCCCGUGGCGGAGGAUAAGCGAUUGGGCCGAUUGAAGUUGGGAUAAGAAGUAAUGCAAUGACCGAUUGAGGCAACAUGAAAGCAGUAAUCGGCAAUAAGUAGGCAUAUGCUGCCGAAAUGACAAUCAGUCUUCCACGAUGAGUCUUCCAGACUACGAGUCUAGUCUUCUAGACCGAGUCUUCCAUGUAACACCGUCUUCCAAGUUGAGUCUCACAAGUUUUCGAGACUUCCAGGUAACGAGUCUUCCAGAUGUUGAUUGGAUUGUGCGACUGCGUGCAGUUAAAGUGCGCAAAGCAGAAAGGUGGCCAUGCUGCCGGACCAGUCUUCCAGGAAUUAGUGCAAUGAAGUCUUCCCUUUGUUGAGUGUGAUGCUGUGUGAUGUUGUAAUGUCUAUGGUAGAAUGCUUGGUGUCUCGUUGUGAACUUUGUAUAUCCAGGGUGGGCCAGUGCGGGCUGGGGGCACACUGACGGGGGCGGCUCGGCCGCCGGACUCUCGAGUCCGCGGCCCGGCCAAGCGCUGGAGCAAACACUUUGACGCUUUAUUGACUGACAAGAAUCCGUACAGCUAUCAAGCCGGCUUAGCGGUAUCGCCGCUGACUCGCUGAGAGUUUAGUUCUAUGAGUCCAUCUCUGUGAUGCUUUUAACAGGCGCCGGUUGGACAGUUUUUGAUGGCACACUGCAGGAAACUUUUUAAUGAAGUUUUUAUAAAUUGCAUCCGACUCCAGAAGAAACCGGGCAUAAAUGACUGGUAGGAUCUAAAGCGAACAACAGCUUACCCUCGUUAUCACUGUCAGUUUUUCCCCUCUCCCCACCCUCAAGUGCCCGGCAUGUCAAUGACCCAAAGGGCCAUGUCCUGAAGGACCAUCGACGGAGCGGGACAAGCCGGGGCAUCCGACACCCUCUCUGGUAACUGAGGCCCGGUCCUUGCUCUGCUCCUCUGCCCGGCCAGACCCGCGGUCCGGCGUCGGGUGGCGCCCGAGAUCCGAGAGGCGUCUCUCUGUGGCCCGCGGCGCCGGCGGCGGGUGUCGGCCGGCGGCCGGGCGCCCGGCAGGCUGGUGCCACCGCCCGACCGUCGGCAGAUCAAUACGGAGCCGACUCCUCGGCUCCGGGCCCUCUGCCAGCCUCUCCGGCCUCUCCCGACCCCGCCCGAGAGCGAGUCGAUACCUCCCCGCCCGCCGCCCGAGCGCGGCCUGUGGUCCACGGGCCGUCCGCCGUCGCCAGCUCGAAACCGUCCCCGCCUGUCCGCUAUGGCUAAAUAUGACGGCUGAACCGCUCCUAAAAGGCUGAACAAGACAGCUACCAGUCGGCUGCAGAUUCUGACACUGAAAGAAAUUUAGAUUAAUGAUUCAGUUCACGCUAGUAACCAUUGCUACUGCGUGUUACAGGCAUUUCGGCAUUGUGACACGAAGCCUGCGCAGUGGUCGUUCUCGAUAUUUUAAUUUUUCGUUGGUAAAGGCACUUAACAUAGCUUCAUAAUUAUGUUUGUGUGGAUGUGUUUCAUGACGAUAACAAUUAGACGCUGUUAUGUGAAUGUGAACACGGGCGUAUAGCGUUUUGAUAAGUGCUAUAUCAUGGUCAUGUAGUUUAUAAUACGCAUAUAUUCAUUAUUGUUUGUAUUUAUUGUUUGUAUAUUAUUGUAAAGUUGUUACUGUCGUGUCAUAUUCACGUUAUCUUUAAUAUCCAACUUGUUCUUGUAAUGCCAAGUGAUUUGUGCAACGUCAGUUUAUCUCGAUACUGUGAUAUCUUGGAGCCACCAGCAACUUCUUCAUAAGACCUUUUAACAUUCCACUACCUACCCUCCUACCUAUCAUAAUCGAAUGGAGAUGAUGUGAUGUGGGAUUAAACCUACAUGGAUCAAUCAUUUAAUUAUCAUUGAAGUUUUGUCUUAUUUAGUCUGAAUUGGUCAUGUUGACCUCUCAUCUCGGCUAGCUCUGGAUUUGUUCAUGUUUGGUGUUUUGUUGAGUGUCAUUCCGGCGCCUGGUCAGGCCGCCCUGGCGUGUGUGUGGCAAUGGGGCGUGGUCUAACCGCCGCUGACGCCCCGCCCUCCCUCUAGCCCCGCCUACUGGCCGCCCAGUAGACAGCGGUCAGGUCAGGGUCAGCGCCAAACAAAAAAUACAAAUAAAAUCACAAAAUGGA